UAGUUUAACUGUAUUUUAUAAUUCUUCAGAAGCUACGUAGUGGAGAGAAUGAAAUUUGUUUCUUUGUUUGUUUGUAGCUAAUUUCUGCAUCCCAGAAUGGAAGACGAUGUAAGCCUGUUCCCUGAGGAGGAGAUGGAUGAUGGCCUGAUUUUGGACCACUAUUGUGAAGGUUCUCUCAUAAAUAAGUUUCAGCCCCUCUUGGCCAUGCUGUCACUACUGACUCUGCUGCUGGGGCUCCUUCUGGGCCUGUCACCACUGGCUGUGCUGCUAGGCCCCAUCCAGAAAAGGGGCGAGCGAGGGGUGAGCCGGGUCAGGCCCCAGGAGAAGGACGAGGGCCUGGUGGGUGCGAAUGGCAUCUGGUGUCCUUCUUUAAGUCCAGAGGAAGAACAAAAUACUGAUGCUGAGAAAACAAAGACGAAAACAGCCGACAGAGACAGAACUCAGGCUCUGCACCUGAGAAGGGACCUGAACCGCCUCGAUAUGGUGCGUGAAGAGAAAGAUCUUUUCAUUCAGAAAACGAGAGGGGAGCUUCGUGCUUGCCGCCAGAGGAUCGAGCUCGUCACCAGACAGCAGGCAGUCGUGGCAGCGGAAAUCGCUCAGCAGAAAGAGGCCAACAACAUUGCCGCUGUGGGGCGCCUCCAGGCCACCCGUAGCCGCCUGUGCACAGAGCUGGAGAAGGAGAGGGACCUGGAGUCAAACAUCACCUCUACUCUGAAGGAGAACGAGAAUGCCAUGUGGCACAUCGAGAUCCUGGAGGGUCAGAUGGAUGCUGCCCGCAAGGCCCUCAGGGAGGAGGAGGCAGCCGAGGGGAGGCGCCUCCAGGCACAGGCAGCUGAGCGGCUCUGCAAGGAGAAGGCAGCCUUCAGGAAGGCUGAGCGGAACCGGCUGCUGAGGAUCCGGAAAUCCAUGCAUGUCCAGAAGGAGCACGGGCUCCGGCACCAGAAGCUGGUGGAAGAUGCCCAGAAGAACCACAAGAUCGCUGUCAAGUUCCUGAAGGCCUCCCUGGGCAGAAUCCGGGAGCAGGAGCAGAAGGAGGAGAUGGAGUCACGCAAACAUCUGAAGAGGCGCAUGGACGCUGUGCUGGCACUAAAGAACAACAUCACCGCAAACCGGGAAACGCUCCGGAAGUUCCAGGCGUGGGGCCAGGCCCGGGCUGAGCUGGCAGAGCAGAAGGCCCAGGUCGAAAAGGAGGCAAUCCUGGCCCAAGGCGGGGAUGCAUUCAAGCAGCUUUUCCAUCAGCACCGGCGCCAGGAGCUGGAGGCCCAGAAACGGGCCUUUGAAGAGGAGCAGAAGCAGCGGAGGCUCGAGAUCGUGAGCCGGCUCUGGAAGGAGGAGGCCGAGGAGAACAAGAGGAAGAAGCAGCUGCUCCCUGCCCAGACCGCGAACCGGCUCACACUAAGGGACAAGACCUGGUGCUAUGUGGCCGACUUCUGCGAGGGCCUGGCCACCACAGCCGCCUUGUACCCGCUGGAUACUGAGUACUCGGUGCACCCCAAAGCCUCCCAACUAGUGGAAGCCAUCUCCAGCGAGUCCAUGCAGAGCGACCCUGGGGCCCUCACCAACCCAGAGGAGGAAACACUCGCGGUGCCAGAAAUCUCAGGGCUUUGGAAAGAGGACUACAAGCCAUACCAGGUGCCCAAGGAGGAUGUGGACCGGAAGCCUGUGGGUGGAACCAAGAUGGACAAGGACAUCCUGGCUCAUACCAUGGAGCGGCUGCGGAGUGGGGUGGUGCACAAGCAGGUGGUGUCUGGGCGUGAGUUCAAAGGCUGCCCCUUCAACAGCAAGCCUGAGCUCAUCCACUUCAAGGACUUUGAUAUUGGCAAAGUGUACAAGAAAAAGAUCACGUUGAUAAACACCACCUACACAAUUAACUACUGCCAGCUAGUGGGUGUGGAGGAACACCUCAGAGAUUUCAUCCGCAUUGACUUCAAUCCCCCUGGUCCUAUGUCAGCCGGGAUGUCCUGUGAAGUGCUUGUCACCUUCAAGCCUAUGAUAAAUAAAGAUCUGGAAGGAAACGUCUCGUUUUUGGCUCAGACGGGUGGAUUUUCUGUUCCACUAAAAUGUUCAACCAAGAAAUGUUCCCUGUCCCUUGAUAAGAACCUCAUCGACUUUGGCAGCUAUGUGGUGGGCGAGACUGCAUCUCGGGUCAUCACGCUGACCAACAUCGGUGGCUUGGGCACUUGGUACAAGUUCCAGCCUACAUCUGAGUCCUGCGAGCAAGCCACCUCCCUGAAUACAAGCAGUGUCUUCAUAUACGAAGACAAAAAUCUAUAUGAUAAAGUCAUCAUGCCCAGUGUCUCUGAGAACCUGUUUGAGGCCAAUGAGUCUCCACCCAUGGAGACUGGGAAGACGGAGAGCAAAGAGCCGGAGGAGGGGUGCCACGCAGAAUCUGAGGGGGUAACGAUGACCACCAUCAUGGAGAUGCCUCAAGGCGAAGAUGAGGCGGAGAUCCAACUGGGAGAGGUAACAGAAGGUGAAAUUGGUCCCUUCAGCUCCAUCAAGGUGCCUAUCAUCUUCACCCCAAUCAUCCCAGGAGAGGUCCAGACCAAGUUCAAAGUAGUGUUUAAGAAUCCACAGUACCCAACACUGUACUUCAGAGUCAUCGGCAUUGCCAUCGAUGUGCCCGUCUGGGUACCAAAGCCCAAUGUGGACCUGAAGAUCUGCAUGUACGACCGGCUGUACCAGGACUCCGUGCUCGUACACACGAGGUCAAAGGCGGCCCUGCGCCUGAGAUUUGAGGUGUGCAAGGAGCUGCGGGCCCACAUGGAGCUCCUGCCGGAGACCGGCUACAUCCAGGCGUUGUCAUCCUACUCGGUGCAGCUCAAGUUCCUUCCACGACACUCCCUCUCGGAAGACGCAGGGAAAUACUUUGACAAGGAGUCCCGAGUCCUGGAGGCCCCGAUGACCAUCUGGGUGGCUGACCAGAUCAGGCCUGUGGAGUUCACUGUCCAUGCCAUCGUCACAACCUCAGACUUGGAAAUCAGCCCCUCGGAGGUGGAUUUUGGCUACUGCACCAUCUACGAGGCGAUUAAAACCAGCGUCACCCUCCACAACCACGCCCUCCUGCCCCAGGAGUUCGGGUUCGUUGGACUCCCCAAGUUCGUGGACAUUCAGCCCAAUGAUGGGUUUGGGACGAUCUUGCCACUGGAAAGUUUGCAUCUCGAUGUGAUCUUCCAGCCCACCAAGGCCAAGGAGUAUAGCUUUGAGCUGGUCUGCAAAUCAGAGAUUAACAGGGAGUUCAAGCUCUCCUGCCGGGCUGUGGGCGUCCAUCCACCCCUGGAGCUGUCCCACUACCAAAUCAAGUUUGCAGCCACUGCCUUGUAUGACACCUCCGUGACCACCCUGUACGUCAUCAACUCCCACCUGAGCAUGAACUCGCUGACACACUCAGUGCCCCGCAUUGGCUCCCAGGACGUUGCCCCCGUGGGGCCCACAUCUUUCGAGUUCCUACUGCCCCUGGACUCGCCCAUCACCAUCUCGCCGUCAGUGGGGACGGUGCUGCCUGGAAAGAGGUGCCUGGUGCAGGUGGCCUUCCAGCCUGUGCUGCCUGAGGAGCUGGUGCGCCAGGAAGCCCUCCAGGUGCUGAGCAAGGAGGCUGAGGCCAAACCGUCCUGCAAGGACACGGUCACUCAGAAGAGGGACCUGAGGAGGCAAUCCAUCCCCUCCAUGCGACUGCAGAACCGGGAGCGACAGUUCCAGGUCUCCACCUCCCCGAACCCAGAGCUGCAGAAGCAGGAGCUCAAGGCCAGUUCCGAAGAGUUCCAGGCUGCCCAGGCUGCCCUGGCCAGAGCUUUCAAGGGAAAGUUUGACAAGUUUGUGGUCCCCUGUGUCGUUGCCAGCGGGGACAUCAAGGACAGGAAGGAAACAGAGACCAUGAGCUUCAGCCCUCAGAACACCCUGUACCUGGAGCUGUGGUGUCCAACAGUGGCACCGUCCAUUGUGGUGACAUCUGACAAAGGAAAGACCGUCUUUAACUUUGGGGAUGUGGCUGUCGGACACCGCAGCAUAAAGAAGAUCUCCAUCCAGAACAUCUCUCCUGAGGACCUGGCUGUGGAGUUCUCCGUGCUGAAUCCCAACGGCCCCUUCGUCCUGCUGAACCCCUUCAACAAGCUGCCCAUGGGUGAGACCCAGGUCCUGGGGCUGUCCUUCUCACCCCGUGAAAGCAUCCUGGCCCAGGAGACACUGGACAUCAUUACCAAGAGGGGCACACUCACCCUCACCCUCCUGGGCACCGGUGUCGCCUCCGUGAUCGUCUGCUCCAUUGAAGGCGACAUCCUCAACAUGGGCUAUGUGAUAGCCAGGGAGUCUGUCUCCUCCACCUUCAAGCUGCAGAACCACUCCUCGCUCCCCAUCAAGUUCUCUAUGAGGCUGGACAGCCUGUCCUGCACACGGAGGGAGGACCGGCAGCAGCUGCCACGGUUCCUAGUCUCAGACCAGAGGACUAACGUGGUCGGCACUCAAAACCACAACGGGCAGAGCGUGUUUAGCGUGGUCCCAGUCGAGGGUGUCAUCGAUCCCGGGAGGGCGCAGGACUUCACCGUGACCUUCAGCCCGGACCACGAGAGCCUGUACUUCUCCGACCGACUCCAGGUGGUGCUCUUUGACAAGAGAAUCUCCCAUCAGAUCCUCCUGAAGGGUGCUGCCCGCGAGCACAUGAUGUUCGUGGAGGGCGGUGACCCCCUGGACGUGCCUGUGGAGUCUCUGACUGUGAUCCCUGCCUUUGACCUGGAGCACAGAGAGGGUGAGCCCCAUGAGGGCCCUCCCUCCUCAGAGGCUGAGAAGCUGAAAUCCAUCCUGGUGACCCUGGAAUACCUGCAGCUGGACACCAACACACCAGCCCCUCCUGCCACCCGUGAGCUGCAGGUGGGCUGCAUCCGCACCUCCCAGCUGUCUCCGAAAAAGAGCGUGGAGUUCAGUCUGGACAGUGUCUCAGCCCUGCAGCACAAGGGCUUCACUGUGGAGCCCUCCCGGGGCUUUGUGGAGCGAGGCCAGACCAAGACCAUCAGCAUCUCAUGGAUGCCCACUGCGGACUUUGACCCAGAUCGCCCACUCAUGGUGUCCGCCCUGCUGCUGCUCAGGGGGGACGUGAAGGAGACCUACAAGGUCCUCUUGGUGGCCCAGGUAGUAACCAGCCCCUGA